AAAUCUCAAAGCCACUCCCCCCUGUCGUUCACUCUCUCCCGCUGCCAGCAGCAGCUCACUCUCUCUCUCUGCGUGCGGUUCUUGUCCGCUGCUUAUAAAAAUGGACCAGGACUGGCGAGCUUUGGCCACACGGCGAGCCGAAUACGUGUCCGACCGUAUCCGCGGGUUGUUGUCCUCAGGCCUGGACUUCCUCCGGCUCGAGCUGGGGGUUGAUCUGGGUCUAAAGCCGGAGCAGUGUCCGUCGUGGCUGAUUCUGAGCGCGGUGCUGAUCGGGCUGACGGUGCUGGUGCUGCUUGCGGCCUGUGGACGGAGGAAGCGCCGAGUGUCACCCGUUACUGUGAGUCUCAGCACCGCCGUUGCUGAGACCCCGGUUAAGACCGCUCUGCCACCGAAGACUGUGAAGACCGAGCCGAGCGAACCAAAAAAGAAGAACAAAAAGAAAGCAGCCGAGAAGCAGAAGGCUCAGGCGAAUGGACAGACCGUGACUGAACCUCAGGAGGAAAUCAAAGUCAUCGAGGAGAAAAAGAGGAAACCCCCUCCUCCUGCUGCACCUGCACCUGUGUCUGCGCCUGCACAGCCACCUGCGGAUACAAAGACCAAGAAAAACAAGAAGAAACCAAAACCAGAGGUGAAGCCAACCCAAGAGGUUUCCUCCACCGAUGGCAAGGAACCUGAUGAAGCAGGUGCUUGGGAAACCAAGGUCAGUAAUCGAGAAAAACGUCAGCAGCGCAAAAAAGAGAAGGGCCCUGGUGACAGCUCUGGGAGCCCUGUGGGUGGAGAUCGUGCCAGCCAGAAGGUAGAGCAACCUGCGCUUACAGCUCCAGCUGGCACCAAAAAGAACAAAGAGUCAUCACGUGCCAAGGCCUCGAAGGGUGAUGCCAUUAUAGCCCCAGUGACCUCUAACUGUAAUGACGUGAGCACUGUAAACGGUGGAGGAUGGACAGAGAUUCCUGUAAAGUCAACCCAAACAAGUGCUUUAAACAAUAAGAAGUUGUCUGUUGGGAGAAAGACCCCUGGACUCAAGAACCAUGAGAACUCCACCUGGAAUCAAAAACCAGAGGGGCCGUGGACUGGUUUGGAUAGUAGAAUUAAGGCAGAACCGAAACCAGUAAACAUGCUCAGACUGAACCCAUCAGGUGGGGAGACUGGGACAAAAUCUAACAGUGAUAGUGGCCUAUGGGACCGUAAACGCAUCAGUGAAUGGUCCAGCUUAAAUGGUCUUCCCACCGGGGACUCCUCAGACUGGAAUGCUCCAACUGAGUUAUGGGAGAAUUAUGAAGAUCCCAAAGGAAAUGCCCCUGUUUUGAAAGAGAUGCCAGUUUCCAAGCCACUUGUGUUGCAGGAAUCAAAUGAUGACAAUGACAAGACAGACCCUGCAGGAGUUGGGAAAUCCAAAAGGCGGAAGAAAAAGAAGAGACCAGAGGAAGUCGGAUUAGCCGCUGAGAUGACUCAAGUAGGUUCUGCUCCUGCAGAGAAGAUCGUGACCGUCAAGCCUCAUCCGCCUCAUGUUCCAAAGGAUGAGGGAUCCAAGCAAAACAUCCCUCCACAGUCCCAACAAAAGAAAUCGGAUCAGAAUUGGGAACCUCCAAAGCAAGUUCAGAAGAAAAAGGCCAGGAGAGAAACAUGAACCAUGAAUAGCAUCCAGGAUAGCUUAUGCAAAUAUGAUUAUGCAAUAAUUUCACAGUACAGAAUUUUAUACUGAAUAAAUUUACUGUGCUUCAAAAAAAAAAAAAAAAUCAAAAAUGGAAACCAAACUGAGUUGGAAGAACUCGGCACAAAAAAAAGAAAGAAAUCUAGAGUAUAUGUGAGCAUUCUGUCGGCUGGAACACUAUGUGUGUGCACUAUUACGCUACACUGAGGUUUGUUGAGGAAUACUUAUCAUCCUUGAUAUCAGACAUGCUUUAAGUGGAGCAAAACAUUCAUGGUCAUUUUUUUUCCAACUGCUACUAAACUGAUUUUGAAGUUGGAGUGUUGAAUUUCAUUUGGGAAAUUUUAAGGAUCUACCUUUGUUCCAUCAAUUACUUUUCCUGGGACACUUUAUACUGCUUAAUUGCACUUGGCAGUGUCCAGCAAUUGCAGAAGUGCUGCAGUUCCUGUUCGAAGCCAGAGAGAGGCACUGCGAGCCGGCGUCUCCUCCAGCAGUAAGAGGUGAAUUACUAUAAUACUGUAAUCGCUGUGUUGGAAAAUCAGAGAACAGUAAUAUUACAGAGAAUGUUUUUUUUUUAUGCUAAACCUAUUUUCUUAGUGCUUUUCUUCCGUCCUUAUUAUAUAUAGGCCUAUAUUACCCGUAUAAUUGGGUAUGUGGAUAUUAGAGAUGAGUAAUGACUCUUCUCUUUUUAAUCAACUACUAGUUGAAUCCAAUGCUUUAUUUCCUGCAAAUUAAAGUAAAAAAAGCCAUGCCAUAUGUAUAGAACUAUAAGGGCUUUUUUUCUAUGGUGAAACUCUUUGUAAUUGCACUGUGCUGAAGGUUGUAAAAUACCAUGUCUAUUUACCUUUCUUUUUUUUUCUUUUUUUUCCCCUUGCACAAUGUGAACAUUUGAUUUUUGUUCAUGUUUGUUUUGACUGAGCAAGUUUUAUAUGAUUUUGAUCGGGAUGUUGAUUAUGAUUGGCGCAGCUUUAAUUCCAUGACACUAAAACAGGAUCAGUAUCAGGAAUCUGUUGCCUUAAUCUGUACUUAUUAGUGUAUGCUUUCUGUUCUCUUCCUCUUUUUAAAGUCUUUUUAACAGGUUUGGCAUUUUAUUUCAUUUCAGAAUUGAUUGAUUUUAGUGUUGCACUUGCAUGAGUUUAAUAACCAUUCAUAGUGAUGAACAACGUCCUGAUUCUCUUCAACUCGUGCAAGUACCGCUCACUGUAAAUAGGCUUUAAUGAAUGAUCGAUGAUGAUGAUGAUGAAUGGAUGUGGGGUGGGUUUGGGAGGGGGGUUUUAAAUGCGUAUUCAUAUAUAGGUUGAUUAGUGGUGUUUUGCCCAUGGUUUUGUAAAUUUCAGUAGAUCAUGUGUUUCGGAGGCACCCUGGGCUAGCAUCGGAUGCCUGCCUGUUUGUCAUUCUAGAGGUUACUCUAUGUAUUUCUACCAAUUUAAGAAUGAUCAUGUUUACUUGUCAAUGAAAUAUUUCUAUGUUGAUUUGUUAAAUAAAAGAAGAUUGCUAUUUGAGCUUAGAGCUGUUGAUUUGUUAAAUAAAAAUAAAAUUUUGUUUGGACUCUGA